GGCUGAGCGUUUCCUGGCACAAAUCUUUAUGGACCAGUAAGCAGAGCGAAAUUGAAGCUGACAAGACUUUUUGCAUUUUGGAAAGGACUGUAAUCUACUGUAGUGAAGAACAGAGCCACUCAAUCACUGCUGCUGUAAAUAAGAGACAGAAGGGAGUAAGAAAGAAAGAAGAGAAAAAGAUUUUGCUGGGAGGAGGGGGGAGAAAGCAUUUUUGGUGGAUGGUAUGAAGCCAGCCAUGGAAACUGCAGCGGAGGAAAAUACAGAACAAAGCCAAGAGAAAAAAGUGAUCACCAGACCAGAAAUGGAAAUUGGCAGGUACCACUGGAUGUACAGGAGUUCAAGGCCACACCAGUACCAUCAUGUGCCAGCAUUGAGAGGCAAUAUUAGUCCUUUGGGGAUUCAAGGUUGCUUUGAAUGUUGCAUUAAGUGCCUGGGAGGAGUUCCAUAUGCUUCACUGGUGGCAACCAUUCUCUGCUUUUCUGGGGUAGCAUUGUUUUGUGGCUGUGGUCAUGUGGCUCUCACUGGAACCGUAUCUAUCCUUGAACAACACUUUUCCACAAACUCCAGUGACCAUGCUUUGCUGAGUGAAGUCAUACAGCUAAUGCAGUAUGUAAUCUAUGGCAUUGCAUCAUUUUUUUUCUUAUAUGGAAUAAUCCUUUUGGCGGAAGGUUUUUAUACAACAAGUGCUGUGAAGGAACUGCAUGGUGAGUUCAAAACAACAGCCUGUGGCCGAUGCAUCAGUGGAAUGUUUGUUUUCCUCACAUAUGUGCUUGGAGUGUCCUGGCUUGGGGUCUUUGGCUUUUCUGCUGUGCCUGUCUUUAUGUUCUAUAACAUAUGGUCAACUUGUGAAGUCAUCAAAUCACUCCAGACAAAUAUGACCGCUUCAGGGGACCAGAUCUGCGUGGAUGUCAGGCAAUACGGUAUCAUCCCUUGGAAUGCUGUACCAGGCAGGGCUUGUGGUCCAAUUUUAGAGAACAUCUGCAACACAAAUGAGUUCUACAUGUCCUAUCACCUGUUCAUCGUGGCCUGUGCUGGAGCUGGUGCCACUGUCAUAGCCCUGCUGAUCUACAUGAUGGCUACCACAUAUAACUAUGCUGUUUUGAAGUUUAAGAGUCGGGAAGAUUGCUGCACUAAAUUCUAAAUUGCAUAAGCCCAGUAAAGAGCUGCAUGUGUAGCCUGAAAUACCACUGACACUCUAGACUAAGAGUCUAGCUUUUCAAUUUUGUUACAGUAAUUUGUAAAUAGCUUCAGUAAGCAUCGUUUAGCAUAUCAGAUUAAUAAAAUGACUUAUUGUAUAUGAAUUUUGAUGUGGAUGAGAUCUGGCUAUUUUCUAAACGUUGAGAGGAUUCAGUUACUUUAGUUGUUGCAAAUCAUUCUCUGAAGACAGGAGUUAUUAAAUGAAAGACAUCCUAACAGUUAUCUCUCAAACAAAUUUUUAAAUGGCAGUGAUUAUUAUUUUUCUCUCUCUUGUGCACUAGUUUCAAUAGUAAGAAUAAAGCAUACAUUAUAGAUGGUGUACAAGGGACCAGGUUGAUUAGAAUAGUGCCAGUACAUAGCUGUUUGACUGA